UGCAGCCCACCCUGCGUUCUGUGGAAGCACAGCACAUGCAAAAGUUUAAGUUUACUACAUUUUUUUUUUACAUGUGUGAUGUUUUAAUUCUUGUUUUCCCUUUUGAACAAACUGAAAAGGUUUGUUGAACGACCUCUUCAGGCUCGCUACUGCUGCGUUCAAGCCUCCAGAGCUCUUGCUUCCUGUCUGCAUCACCAUGGGGAUCAAAGCUGCUCUUCCCAGAUAUGAAAUCUACUUCUACAACACCGUCUUGUGUCUGGCCAUGUUCUGGGCAGCUAGCUGGAUCUUUGAGGUGUCCAGUUCCAAUGCAAACAGGAAGACAUUCAGAAACAGUGUGAAGCUUGGAUACUUUGGGAGAAGAAUGGACACGGCUGAUUUUGAGUGGAUGAUGUGGUUUUCCACAUUCAGAGAGCACAUCCUGUUUGCUCUUUCAGGUCACGUGUUGUUCGCCAAGAUCUGCUCCAUGCUGGCUCCACAGUACAGGUCCUUGGUGUACAUGGUAUAUGGUCUACUGGCUGUGUGGACCAGCAUGGGUUGGACCUACGUCACCCUCAUCCUGUCCCACUGCAUCCUGCUCUAUAGUAUCUCCCUGGUGAAAAUCCGCUGGCUCUGCUUUGUUACUGGUCUUACUACCCUCGCUACAUUCAAGUGCGAACCAUUCGUAUCCUGGCAGGCAGGUUUUGUGGAGGGGGAUUUUGACCUGCGCCAUGUUCUCUUCUACGGAGGUUGUGGGUUCACAAUCAUGCGCUGCAUGAGCUUUGCUCUGGAAAACUGUGAAAGAAAAGAUGGGAAUUACAGCAUCCUUGAGCUGCUCAAGUACAAUUUCUACCUCCCUUUCUUUUACUUUGGACCCAUCAUGACCUUUGAUAAAUUUUAUGUUCAAGCCAACAAGUCUGACCUGACCAGGAAGGAAUGGGAAAUGUGGAAUAUCAGCCUGCAGGGCCUGAUCCACUUUGGAGUCAUCAUUCUAGUGGAUGUCCUCUUCCACUUCAUGUACAUCCUCACCAUCCCCACCGACUUGAAGUUACUGAAGCACCUCUCUGACUGGGCUCUAGUGGGUCUGGCUUACUUUAACUUGAUGUAUGACUGGGUAAAAGCUGCUGUCAUGUUCGGAGUCAUCAAUACAGUGUCCAGACUGGAUCACCUGGAUCCACCUAAACCUCCAAAAUGCAUCACGAUGCUCUACGUGUUUGCUGAAACGCAUUUUGACAGAGGGAUCAAUGACUGGCUGUGCAAGUAUGUGUAUGAUCACUUGGGUGGAAAACAUGAGAAUGUGCUGGAGGAGCUGGUGGCUACACUUUGCACCUUUGGUGUGACCAUCCUUUGGUUGGGGCCUUGUGAGGUGGUCUUGGUGUGGGCUUUCUUUAACUGUUUUGGUCUCAACUUUGAGCUUUGGACUGCUAAAUUCUUCUCCAUGGAACCAUUUUCCUCUUUUGAGGUGGCAAUGUCAGAAGCAAUGUCCCGCCGCAUCAGAGCCAUUUUCAACACCUUCAACUUCUGGAGUAUUGUGUUGUAUAACAUCGUAGCCUUGAACAGUGUCGACUUUGCCAAGAUGGUUGCCAAACGGUUGCUUCUUAAAGGUUUCCCAAUAACCACCAUCAUCGUCAUGUUUGUUACCUACUGUCUGAUCCAAGUGAUCAAGGAGCGAGAAAGGAGACAGGCCCUUAUUGAUGACCCUGAUCCACUUCCUCCUGCACCACCUCCAAACGCUGCCCCCAGCCCACCCACUCCUGCAGCUGCACCGGUUGCUGCUCAGGCAGCUGCAGACCCCAGUAAAGAAAAAGCAGAGUAGAAACUGAUAUUGUUUGAAAAAAGAAAAAAAAAAAACUUUAAAAAAUGAAGAAAGACAGUCUAGUAGUGAUUGUUGGACAGAUAAAAGUA